AGUCAUAAGACUUUCGACAGCUACGUGUAUGGGGGCGGUCUUCUGCCAUCUUUCCCGAGAUUCCUAACUAUGGCAUCUGGACAAAAUGGAGACACUGGAGUAAGAAAAUACUUCAACGUUGUUGUGGACCUUGUCAAACAUGACUGGCAACAGCUCGGUCACCAUCUUGGGGUAAAAUAUUCAGACAUAACUACAAUAGAGAAAAACAGACUGGGAGACGCAACAGCGGGAUGCAGAGAUGUCCUUGAAAAGUGGGUGGGAAUAAAAGGAAAGGCAGCAACUCUUUCAGUCUUAAAGCAAGCACUCAUUGAUUCAAAACAUAAGGAUGCUGCUGACGAACUGCCAGAUCCACAUCCACUUCAACAUCAUCUUGCUGCAAAUACAACACAACAAAUGCCAGUUCUGUCAAUCAUUACAGACAUAUUUGUCAAAGUUGAAGAGCGGGUGGAGACUGCUAAGGACAUAAGGAAGUUUGGAAAAGCACAAAAAAGAAUCAUAAGAUCAACACAGUACAGGUUGACAGAUCAAACUAUUCGAUUGAUAAAGAAGCUUAAGGAUCAAAUCAAAACUGUUGAUGAUCUUCUUAAUCUUUCAAAAGGAGUCAGAGAUAUACAGGAAGUAUAUGGUAUCAAAGUCCAUAAUGUAGAGAAAGGUAGUGUUAUCUUCAAUGUAGGCUGUUUUGAUUUGAAUAGUUUGGGCAAGCUUUGGUUUGAGCACAGGAAUGGCAAGUUGGCCAUCACAUUACGAGAAUCUAUGCUUACCAAAGAGAUCAUACAGCUGAUGGGUGACGACAUCUUCAUCGAGACAACCAUUGAUCCUGACCACUGGAAGUGGUCUCUUGACUACCUCAUCAGGGGUGGACAUACUGGUGCACCAGCAGAGCAUCCAGUCUUCACCACAAGAAGGCAACCAAUAACGAUGGCAACUACACCGUUGGAUGCACUUCACCUCAGUACAAACAAGCUGCACUCUACCAUGAGGGCCAUGAAGCAACUCAGUCCCAUCUGGCAAGUGGCAUGGCAGAAGGCAAGAGAAAACAAGGAUCUAGAGAGAAAGCUCAAGGACCAAACACACAAGGCCAUGGAAACAAGAGAGGUCCAAGGAGACAGAACCACCACAUCCCUACAGCAACUUUCUCCAGCACAACAACCGGGAGAAACAAGACAGAAGGACAUCAAGGAGCACGAAAGCAGUGCAGUUCCCACUUCUACACAGCAACAAACUUCAGUCCUACUUCUAGGCUGUAAGGGUAAUGGCAAGAGCCACACAGGAAACAUCAUCCUGGGACGGGAGGCCUUCAGAGUCACCAGGAAAGGAGGAACAGGAAAGUCCAGUCUGUGCAGCAGUAGCUACCUUCAGGAAGAUGGAGUUACCAGAGAAGUGACAGUAGUCGACACCCCUGGAGUCUCCCAGGAGAUGACAGAGUCUGAGUUUGAGGAGCUGGUUCGAGCUGUGAAGAUGGUUCCUGAGGGCUUUAAUUCCAUCUGUCUGGUCUGGGACUACAACAACUCUGAGAGGAAUGAAGACAAGGAGGUCCAAGUGUUCCAGUCCCUCCACAGGCUGUUUGGUGAUGGACUGUACAAGCAUCUUAUCAUCCUGGUCACACAUGCUCAGCAGGAGGACAUUCCAGAGUUCAUCAAGGGUCUGCCGGUCAACAUGAAGCAAAUCGCUGACAAGGCAAAGACUGUGAUUGCAAUAGAUAACAGACGUAAAGGAGAAACAUCAUGUCAGCUGUUGCUUUUUCCUACCUCUGACACAAAGUACACUUCUUCAAACCUCUCCAAAGAGUGCCAAAUCCCCCCAAAUGCUGAUCUACACAUGGUGCUCAUAGGCAAAACUGGAGUGGGGAAGAGUUCUACAGGGAACAGCAUCAUUGGUGAAGAUGUUUUCAAAGUUGCAACAGUGGCUGCAACAGUCACAACAAAGUGUAACUUCCACAUAAGAACACUGAAGGAUGUUGGUAGCAAACUAGCUAUAUUAGACACACCAGGACUGUUUGCUACAGUAAACAAGGAAGAGAUACAGAAAAUAUCUGAGGAGCUCUGCAAAAUACCAACUGUAUUCCAUGAUGGUAUCCAUGCACUAAUCCUGGUAAUAAGCGGCAUGUCAAGGUUUACAGAGGAAGAUGACAAUGCACUCAAGAAUAUCCAGCGUGUCUUUGGAGAGGGGUUUCUGGACCACACUGUAGUACUGAUAACUGGGAAAGAUAGUCUGAAAAGUAGCAAGGAGGAGUACCUGGCAUCAGCACCACAAACACUAAGUGACAUUUUAAAGAAGUGCCAGGAACGCUGCAUCUUCUUUGACAACGUCACAAUGGAUGCAACAGUACGUCGCAAGCAGCUGGCAAAGCUGAUCACAAUGGCCCAAGAAGCUGUAAAGAGGAGGAAGGGUCCAUACACCGGACAAGGACCCAAUGAGACACUCUUUCUGGAAGGUGCAAAGGUCAUUGAUUGGAUCAUUACAAAACUCUUUAAGGUAAUGGCAAAGGAUGUCCAAGGUCCAAAAGAAUUCGUCAGAGAAGAGGUGGAGAAUCCCACACCCAAGCAUGCUAACUUCCUGAGAUCGGAGAGCCUAGUAGACAGGGCAAGGCAAUAUGCAGCAAGUAAUGAGCAUGAAUAUUAUGAAACAAGCAUUGCCAAAUCACUCUUUCAAACAAUACAGCGCAUCUUCUUGCUCUAGGCCUUGAUAGGUUGGCCAAGUAACUAACUGAUCUUGUACGUCUAUUUUUAAUGUCCUGAAUAGUUUCUACAAAACAGCCUGGCUAUAUGACAUUCAGGGAUCCAAAAUCCUGUUUUUCAUGGGAGUACUCUUGCAUGGGUAUACCAUCCUCCAUAGUUACAGCUGGCUCUAUCUUUUCACUUGCUUCAGUUCACUUGCUUACAGGCAAAAACAUUGAGCCAUCAGUAAAUACAAUGGAGGGUACCGACUGUCUAGGAGAGUUUGUCAGUGAGAAACACGUUUUACUUUCUGUGGACAAAUGUUUCAUCAGUUGAUCUGCAAUGAGUGAUUUAUUAUCAGCCUACUGGAUCCAUCUAUCUCUAGUUGUAUUAAAUUACAUUAGAGCCAAUAGUCAAGAGUUAUAUGUUAGACAUAUAAGAAUACCAAAAUAUAUAUGUAAACAAAGCAAGAAACCUGGGACAAAGCUAACAAGCUAAUCUAUCUACUUGAGGGUGUAAUCUAAUGUCCUUCAAGUUCCCUUGAAUUUCAGAAACAGCACCAGACCUGUAAUAAUGCACAAAUCAUUGACAACAAAUAAGUAAACUACUUCUGAGGAAUUUGAGGUGUCCCACUGAUAUGAUAAAUAAUGUUACUGACAUUCCUGUAAUACACGCAGCAGCUACCAACUUUGUCAUUAAUAAUUAAAAGAAUAAUUGAAACAAGAUUGGCAAUAAAAACAUUAUUGCAAUGGCGACGAUUGUCAUUUACAGGAGGUGAACAUACAUGUAAGACAAACGAAACCUGAAAAAUAAUUGAUUGGGUGUUUCUGAUAAGGAAAUUCUUUUGUUUUCACUGUCAACGGGAUAUUCCUGUCAUGUAGAUAUUUUUCCUGUGGGUUCCAAGACAACAUCUAGCUUGUCUUGGUAAUAAAAGAGGGGUAUGAAGGGUAUAGAGAAGUCUAUAUACAAGUACAAACUUGAUGUAGUUAUGACCCCUUCCUAAAAAUAAGGACAUUAAAUGUUAUACUUGUGACGGAACAGCAUCUAAAAACAUUGUAACAGCCACACACUGUUUUAGAAAACAGGUACACAUAAGGAAUUCUAUGAGGAUUGUAAUAACCACAGAGAUAGCAAUCUUCUUUGGUUACAAA